AUGUCGGUCUGCUAUCGUCCGCCUGGGAAUGAGACGCUGCUGAGUUGGAAGGCCUCGCGGGCCACCGGCACCGCCUUCCUACUGCUGGCGGCGUUGCUGGGACUGCCGGGCAACGGCUUCGUAGUGUGGAGCUUGGCGGGCUGGCGGCCCACCGCGGGGCGGCCGCUGGCGGCCACACUUGUGCUGCACUUGGCUCUGGCCGACGGCGCGGUGCUUCUGCUCACCCCGUUCUUUGUGGCUUUUCUGAGCGGGCGGGCCUGGCCCCUGGGCCAGGUGGGCUGCAAGGCGGUGUACUACGUGUGCGCGCUCAGCAUGUACGCCAGCGUGCUGCUCACCGGACUGCUCAGCCUGCAGCGCUGCCUAGCUGUCACUCGGCCCUUCCUGGCUCCCCGACUGCGCAGCCCGGCCCUGGCCCGUCGCUUGCUGCUGGGGGUCUGGCUGGCCGCCCUGGUGCUCGCCGUCCCGGCCGCUGUCUACCGUCACCUCUGGGGCGAUGGCGUGUGUCAACUGUGCCACCCAUCGGCGGUGCACGCCGCUGCUCAUCUGAGCCUGGAGACCCUGACUGCCUUCGUCCUGCCUUUUGGGACAGUCCUCGGCUGCUACGGCGUGACGCUGGCGCGGUUGCGGGGCGCGCGCUGGGGCUCGGGGCGACACGGCGCGCGGGUGGGUCGUCUGGUGAGCGCCAUCGUGCUGGCCUUCGGCUUGCUCUGGGCCCCCUACCACGCGGUCAAUCUUUUGCAGGCGGUGGCCGCGCUCGCUCCGCCCGAAGGGCCCCUGGCCAGGCUUGGCGGGGCGGGCCAGGCGGCGCGCGCUGGAACAACAGCCUUGGCUUUCUUCAGUUCCAGCGUCAACCCGGUGCUCUACGUCUUCACUGCGGGGGAUCUGCUGCCCCGGGCGGGGCCCCGGUUCCUUACUCGGCUCUUUGAGGGCUCUUGGGAGGCCAGAGGGGGCAGCCGCUCUAGGGAGGGUACCAUGGAGCUCCGAACUACACCUAGGCUGAAAGUAGUGGGGCAGGGCAGGGGCAAUGGAGAUCCUGGAGGCGGGGGUAGGAUGGAGAAGGACAGUCAGGAAUGGUAG